AAAAAGAGAAGUGAACAAAACCAAACUUGGAAAGAGAAAUGGCGACGUCAUCGGAAAAUUCAAGAGGAAUCGGCGGAGGUGAUCGAACGGCGAAAGCAAUCGUCGCCGAUCAGAUCUCACAAGCUGUGAAUUCUACUGCUAACCUUCUACAACUGAUGCGUCAAUCGUCUUCUUCUCAGGCCCAGUUGGCAAAGCUCCCGAAGAAUCUCUUGGCUAAAGCUUCACUGACUAAGUCCACUGGACAAGCGUUGGCGCAGCUUCCUCAAGUGAUUUCAUCUCUGGAUGCUCAUAUAGAAAGCGGAUUGCACAGCGGCGUUCAUCUAAACACAGUAACCCAGUUACUUGAAAACAUGGAAACCACACAGCUUCGUGCUCUUCGACAAUCUAAUAUUUCCCCUUUGGACAAUUAAUCCUCCAGCCCAUUUGAAAAUUUCAGACAAAUGACAAAGUAAUGGUCUCCAAAGAUAGACACAUACGGCAUAUCCUACUUCGUUGUUCGUUCAUCUUCUUCAAACGAACACGCUUCCCUAAUCUCCAUCAAAGAGUCGUUUCCACAUGUAACAUGUUCGAUAAAUAAUGUAAAUUUUGGGGGUCUUGUGUUUCAUUUUUUGUAUUUUCCAAACAAGUUAUAAUCGAAUUUACAGUAAAUGAUGCAAUUGUAU